GCUGUAAUUCAAUUUUUCGGCCAAAAAAUUAAGAGGUUCGGGAUUUUUGGCUCCACAGUAAAUUAUUACUUAUGUCUCUACGGGGACUACAAAAUCAACAAACGCAAGACAAACUUACUCGGAUUGCUAUAGUAAGUAAUGAUAAGUGUAAACCAAAGCGAUGUCAGCAACAAUGCAAGAAAUCUUGUCCUGUGGUCAGAAUGGGUACGUAUGUAAAAUCGUGUUUCGAAUGAUCGGCGGAUAUGUUUUUUGUGAGUGUUGUGCUUGUGAAUCGUUACUCAACACACAGCCCUAAUGAACCUUUUGCCAACAGGAAAACUGUGUAUAGAAGUAUCCCCAGCGUCGAAGAUUGCUCACAUUUCUGAGACACUCUGUAUAGGAUGUGGUAUCUGCGCCAAGGUAAAAACAUUUCAGAAGGAAAACACUAAACACUUUCAAAAGAGAGGAGUUUUUAGCGUAUAGAUUCUUAGAACAAAUUUUUUAAUAACUCCAUUAAAAUGGGGUGUUAAACGGAAGACAGACGAUGUAAACAGAUUUUUUUGUUUUUUUGUUUUUUUUUGUUUCAGAAAGUCAAAGUUUCUGGCAGUGUAUUUUAGCUGAUUUCUGUUUUUCUUUUUAUUAUGAAACUAAAGUUGAAACAGAUUAGUUUUUUCUAAGAUUUUUCUUCUGGAAAUUUAACUUAAGGUGGCAAUCACAUGGAUCCCCUUAAUUAAUUUCUGGUACAAGUUGCUUGCAUCACUAAUAGAAGGAAAAUUGAGAAGGGGGAGUAUGAUACUAUGCCAUAUUUUGGGUGGUUUUGAAAGCCAUGGGUCUUUAAAUUCAACUCUUAAAAAAGUUAUUACUUGCGUGUUCAAACUGUGCACCAAAAUUUAAAACUCUGCAAAUCAUUAAUAAGAAAACCUAAUUUUUUGUCUUGUAGAAAUGUCCAUUUGAAGCUCUUACCAUCAUCAAUCUGCCAAGCAAUCUUGAAAAGGAAACCACACAUAGAUACAGUGCCAACUCUUUCAAACUGCACAGGUAAGUGUUGAAAUAUUGUCUCAUAGAGAAAGCAAAAUUGUGACACAAGGAAAGUAAAUAUUACUUUUUAGAAAUGUCGUGGUAAUUUCAUUAAAAGAAGACAUUCUUAAAAGGUUGGUAUUGCCAUCCGUCUUGCUUUGCUUUCUAGGUUGCCAAUUCCCCGACCAGGAGAGGUGUUAGGGCUUGUAGGGACCAAUGGAAUUGGAAAAUCUACAGCACUGAAGAUCUUGGCAGGAAAACAGAAACCAAAUCUUGGGAGAUUCAAUGUAAGUCAUCUUUCAAAGAGCUUGCUACUUUUCGGAAACAUCUCUUCAGACACAGAUGUUGUGUUUACUGCAUUCUUAUACCUUUAGAACCCACCAGACUGGCAGGAGAUUCUUUUGCACUUCAGAGGAUCUGAGCUGCAGAACUACUUCACAAAGAUUUUAGAGGAUGAUUUAAAGGUGUGUGCUUGGUUAUAACUAUACAUCUGCACUGCCUUUCUCCACUGUAUUAUUUUCACUUUCAGAAGUGAUUGAGAGGUAACUUCUCCUUAUAAUAUGCAUACACUAUCUAGAAAACAGGUAAUGAGAAUAUUAAAACUUAUCAUGUAGAAGUUGUGAUUCUUGAUCUAACAACAAAUUCUCUUAACUGAUUUAAAAGGAAAUGUGUAACAGCUAGAGGGGAGAAUUAACAAUUAAAUCAUUUUUUGGUUUGCCAUAUGGGUGUUGACUAAAGUUUGCCAAACUGGAAACUUUGAUUGCAAAUUUUAAGGCUAAAACUUCAUUACUUCAUGCUAUGGUGGUGGCUGCUUAUAGUGUUAAUUGUUUUGUUCAAUUUUGAAUCCCAUUUUCUCUCAUUAGGCAAUCAUUAAACCACAGUAUGUGGACCAAAUUCCUAAAGCUGUCAAGGUGAGUAACUUAAUGAUUGCUUCCAUAUAAAUUUUGUUGCCAAUUAUACUUGAUACACUCAAAAAUCUCUUCAUCAGAGAGAACUGCAUAAUCAUUCAGCAAUCUAACCUGAAUGGUUAAUAAUCCAGUUCUGUUUUCAUUUAGGUUUGUUUACAUGUGAGCACAUGAAACUUGCUAGCAAUGUUCUGAAAGUCAUUUUGACAAAACCAAUCAAUUACUAUUGGGAAGAGGCAGGGAUGGAUAUGAUGAUGUUUGAACAGGUCACAUUUCUUAGACCCUUAAAACAAAUUUUAGUCACAAUUAAAUCAGAGGUUAGACGGGUCAAAGGUGUAGAGGCCCAUAUCUGUGGGUGUUUAAUAAUUCCUGGUUUCUGUAGCAUGAAGCAAUCAGGAAUACCUCUAUUAAGCCUGGAUAGGAAAUUUGUCCAUCACAGGUACUUUUAGCUUCCAGCAUUUUGUUAGGCUUCACUGGUAGCACGCCAGUACCCUAUUACAGUUGUAUACUCUCAGGUGGAGAGAACCCUCCCCCACCCCCCACCUUGGGGAGGGAAGACACUUACAGUGUAACUCAGUGCCUAACAACAAAGGCUUUUAUUGGAAAACUGCGUGCAACAUCAAUAUAUGGUGGCCUACUCGCAACCUAAGAAUGCAAUGCAAUGCAAUGACCCAGACAGUGCUGAAACUGGAAUGUCUCAAUCUGAAAUGUAGUGAGUUAACCCUUUAACUCCCAUGAGUGACCAAGACAGAGUUUCUCCUUACAAUAUCAAUAUAAUAUCAAGCAGACAAGUGAUGAGAAUGAAGAAAAAUAUCAAUCAGGGGAUUAUAAGUUGAUCCAAUACCAAAUUCUCCAAACUAACACCACAAGAACUGUAUGACAGACAGUAACAAGAAUUACUAAUGAGAUCUUGGGAGUUAAAGGGUUAACUUCCUAACUCCUCCUUCUCUCUCUCCGACAACCAAAAUCAGUAUGAUCUAUAUUUGUAAAGAUACAAUCCAUCAAAUUCUUGUAAUCAUUUUUUGAUAAUUUUUUUCAUAAUUUUUUCAGGGAAGUGUUCAGUCAAUUCUUGACAGAAAAAACGAGAUGGACAAUCAAGAACAUAUCUGCAGACAGCUUGGUAUGCUUGGUACUUUUUGUUUAUCUCAGUUACCAACACCAAAAUCUCACUGCCAAGUUUUGCUGUCAACUGCCACACGAUUUUAUAAGCCAUUGUCAUGAUGGUACAACAAAAUAUUCCCAAUAAUAUUUCUGGCAAUUUUUAUCAAUUUAAACAUGCUGUGUCUUUCCCAGAUCUAUUAACAGUACUGGAUCGCAAUGUGGAUGAACUUUCUGGAGGAGAGCUGCAACGGUUUGCUUGUGCAGUGGUUUGCAUACAAAGAGCUGAUAUGUAAGUAAGGGAUUAACUUUUAACCUAAUCACAAGGUUAGGUUAGUGGUCACUACUUACCAAUACCUUUAGGAAAAGUUUAGAAAUUGUUUUCCUUUCUCCUAGAUACAUGUUUGACGAACCUUCAAGUUACUUGGAUGUGAAGCAACGUCUGAAGUGUGCCUUGACAAUAAGAUCCCUUCUGGGUGAUGAUCGGUAAGUAUUUUGUGGUAUAAAUAUGCAAGUGUCAAAUCGCCAGAAAUCAAUCACAAACUGGAAAUGUUACACCAUAAUAAACACUUCAACCUCCUUAAUGUGGUUUGUAAUUCUCCCUUUGAACAUCUUCCUUUCUUUGUUGACUGGAAAAGAGAAUUUUGAGGUUGAUUUAUUAAGACAUCAUCCCUCAGAUGAUAUGCUUGUGAAUUCUCAUCACCUGCUUUCUAUUAAUAUAUAGAUGAUGUUAGGAGAAGCUAAAUUUUAAUAGCUGUUUAUGAGUUACAUGUAACCUUCAAACUGAUGAACUGGCAGUCUUCUAUAGGACAUUUCACAGUUGUGUACUUAAUUGCCAAGCCUUUGAUUUGGAGUGAGGCUGAAGGUGACCUGGUUGUGACAGAGACCAGUAUCAAAUUAGCAAGAUAACUAAGUAAUUUACCUUUGAAAAGCAACAAGGUUUGUAUCAUAACAAGGUCACUCUUAGCCUCACUCCUGUUCAAAGGCUUGGUAAUCAAGCACACAACUGUAAAAUGGACUAUUGGCAGUAUUAAGGCUACAUAGGGAACAAGGAAGAGCUUUUAGCUUCUGAAUGUAUCUAAGGCGCUUGUAUCCCUGUUGCACACUUACAAUGUUCACAGAAAACUUAAUGACAUUAUUUUCUUUGCAGGUACAUUAUUGUUGUUGAACAUGACUUGAGUGUGCUGGAUUAUCUGUCAGACUACAUAUGUUGUCUUUAUGGAUCUCCUGGGGCUUAUGGCGUGGUUACCAUGCCCUUCAGUGUCAGGGAAGGUAAGAGUGGAAGGUUGUCAGCCAAACAAGGCAAAGGGUGAACCAGUUCCUUGACUGUGUGACAAACUUGUCAAAUUGAAGACUUGUAUAAAAGCUAAUUGGCCCACACUGCUGGAGUUAACCUACAGUGUUUAAAACUGAUGUGGUAAAUUUACCAGAGACCAUCACAAGUUCCCCUUUCCCCAACCUGUUCUAGCUUUUUUUGAGGUUACUUUAUAAGACAACUGAGCAGAACCCAUUCUACUCAUGAAUGUAUGUAGGACAGUAAGAGUCAAAUUUUUUGUCCAAGAACACAUCACUGGCUUAAGCAAAGACUCAAAUUUGACCCCUUUGAUUAGGCCAUGGGUUUUCCUUACUAGGGCAGUGUUCUCCAGAAGCACUUGCAGGCGGCCUUUUUCACUCAUUUCUGAAGUGACACCUACUAUAACUAGACAAACACAUCACAAAAUUUAUUUCACAUCUAGAUCUAUCUUGACUUUGAAUGAAUUUUAUCCUUUACUUUAUUUUGGUGUGUACCCAAAAACAUUGGUUAAAACUGGAAAGAGAGCAAUGAGUAGUAGAUGCUGGCUUAAUAAAUUCUCUUGCCCCCUUGGGUAUUCCUUUGAUUCCUGCCAGCUGCUGUCUUUUCAUAGCUGGCUGCUCAGAAAAUCUCUGGAAAACACUGCUAAGAAAGGUCACAUUGUAAGAAAAAAACCUGUUACAUGCACUUGUCUCUAAGAGUUUCAAUUUCAAUUGUCAGGAAUCAAUAUCUUUUUGGAUGGUUUUGUUCCUACUGAGAACCUGAGGUUUAGGGAUACAUCUUUGGUUUUUAAAGUGGCUGAAACAGCAGACAAGGUUUGUGUAGUUGAAAGAUUUUAGCCUUUGUAGGUUAAUCAAGGUAUUAAAAGAGAUUCCCUUGCACACGCAUAACAUGAUUGAAACUUAAGACCCAAUCUUGUCGUUUGUGCAAAAUCAUCUUGUUUAUGGAUAAUAUCACCUCUUACUAAUGGAGUUCAAGGCCUGCACUGUUAGUUACAGACCAAGCUUGUUCCGCUGGGAUUCAUGGCCCAUGCGCCAAGCAACAGCAACAUUACCCUCAGCAUUUCAUCAGGUUUCCCUGAUGAAAUGCUGAUACCCAGUGCCUUUCUCAUGGAUGGAGAGAGGCACUGUGAAAAUGAAGUAUUUUGCCAAAGAAUACAAGGACUUGGUGAGGUCUGGGACCUAGAGUCUGACUGUAAGGCUACUGCAUCUCCCCAAAACUGCAUUAACCCUUUAUCCCUAAGAGUGACCAGCAUCUAAUUUCUCCUUACAAUAUCACCCCUAAAUCAUGCAGUAAAGUCAUGAGAAUAAAGAAAAUUAUCAGCAGCUAAAGAAGUUGUUGAUUGUAACACAAAUUCUCCUUGUCAGCACCCUAGGGAAUGUAUGGAAAACAGUAUGGAGUAUAUACAUACUGAUGUUAGGGUGUAAAUGGUUAAAACAACAUAAAAAUUUGUUGUCAAGAGUAUGGACUUAAAAUUAUGAAUAAAUCACCUGAGUUAAUUUCACCCCAUGCUAUCAGAACUUAUCCUGGGCUAUUGUCCAUAGUAGAAUUAAUAUUUGAGUUAAAAUGUGGGCUGUCAUUUUAUUUUUCAUGUGACAGGAGGAAGAAGUGAAGAAAAUGUUGAGAUACAAAUAUCCUAAGAUGGAAAAACAGCUAAGUAUGUUUGGAGGUUGGGUGCAUGGAGGGUCUUUAUCAUAAGGAAUUAAAAUUUACAUAGGCUGAAAGAUGACCUCAUACGAUGGUAGAGAAAAGAAAGGAUCUGUAUCUGAGGAACUGCAAGCAUCCGAAUUAGUGUGAAUGAAUCGCUGAAUUGAUCUCUUUACUUCCACAGAGGAGUUCCAUUUGACUAUUGAUACUGGAGAAUUCACAGAUUCUGAAAUCAUUGUUAUGCUUGGAGAGAAUGGUAACGACUAAUUGCUUUUAUUUAUUUAUUUAUUUAUUUAUUUGUUACAGGUCAGCCCAUCAUUUGUGUAACUGUCUCCCUUCCCAGAAAGACUUUUGACAUAAUUACUCAACCCAAGGGAAAAAUUAGUAGUUCUUGUUCAACUGCAGUUUCCACACCAUGUGCCAUCACUGUUGCCACUAUUGCCUCAGUUGUCUUCGUAGUAAUCAUCACCCAGUCAACCCUUUAACUCCCACGAGUGACCAAGACACAAUUUCUCCUUUCGAUAUCAACACAAUAUUAAGCAGACAAGUGAUGAGAAUAAAGAAAAUAUCAGUGAGGGAUUAUAAGUUGAUCCAAUAGCAAAUUCUCCAAACUAACCUUAUAAGAACUGUAUGGUAGACAGUAAGGAGAAUUACUAAUGAGAUCUUGAGAGUUAAAGGGUUAACAAAUAGAUUCCUUGUUGCCGUGUGUCUGUUCAGUAAUAGAUGACAGCUUAUGUCAAAAUGUGGCAAGGACAAAAACGUGGCACACAAGACGCAGCUGAGUGUGUCACUGACUUUAUAGCCACACUCUUGACGUCUUCUGUGCUCUACUGCUGUACAGAUCCACGGCACAUGGUAUCUAUUUGUUUUAAAUGAACCGUUGGUGAUGAUCUAUGCCACUGUCCUCCAGGGCCCAGUUGUAUAAAGGGUGGACAACGCUAUCCAACGGAUAAGUCCUUAUCCAGCGUAUAAGUGAUAGCAAAACGUAUAGCGUUAUCCACUGGAUAGAGAUUUAUCCAGUGAAUAGCGUUAUCCGAUCUUCAAACAACCGGGGCCACUAGAUUAUUAGUAAUAACCUAUCAAAAUGCGUGCACAAAUCAGCUUGUUAAACAAUUUUUUUCACCAUCAACUUCGUCAGCGUCGUCGUCGUCGCCAUCAUCACAAUCAUUAUCACGCUGUUUUUUACAUGCAACUUGAACUGCAUGUCGUCAUUGUAGAUUUUUAGAGUUACAUAAUUGUCGCAUAAAUCUUACACUUUGGUUAUCUGAGUGUUAUAGUUACAAGCAUUCAAUUCUCUGAGCCAUGUCUGUUUAUAACUGAUGCGAGAUUCUUUAUAUUGUAGGAACCGGUAAGACAACUUUCAUCCGCAUGUUGGCUGGGAAACUCCCGUCCGAUGGUAACGGUAAGUACUCUGUUCCUUCAAGUACAUGUUAAAAGGUGAAUAUGGUUAAAGAAACAGAUUAUUCAUUUGCCGCAUGCAUGAGACAAAAAAAAAUUUAGUCACCCAAGCGGAGUCGAACUUGGGCGAAGUUUGCAUUCAGAUACUCUGCUAUCACACUGCAGGAAACUCAUUCGCAAGUUAGGUCGAGGGGCCUGUUUAUCGCAAACUGACCGAGCUUAAAAUUCAUCAUCUUUCUUUGCCUAUAUGAAUGAUCACAAAAACUGUGUUCGUAUUCUUUUUCACAGAACAAGUUCCCAUGAUGAAUAUCAGCUAUAAACCACAAAAGAUCAGCCCAAAGUCACAGGUAAUUUUUUUCCUUUUCUGUUUCUUUGUCGCCCUAAAGAAAGGAAAAAGAAACUCUUUUGCUGAGUAAAGAAAGGCGGAGCAGAGACGCGAGUUACUCGAUAUGUCUGCCCACCGGCGUCAGUCUCGUUCCCAGAGCCUCGUGAUCGAUAGUGCUUCAGAAAAGAAUGAAGCACUGGAAAGGAGAUUGCGCUAGCGUCCCUUGCCUCGUGUUACCUACGUUACCUUUCCUUUUCUAUUUACUCGCCACAGAACACCGUGCGCAUGCUCCUACACGAAAAGAUCCGUGACGCUUAUGUACAUCCUCAGUUCAUCGCUGACGUCAUCAAGCCUCUACAGAUCGAACAAAUCAUGGACCAGGAGGUGUGUCAUGUGUGACAUUAGAUUCAUUUUUUUGCUCCCAAGGCCUUUUCCAGAACGAGAGCAUUUAGUUUGUUGGAGUAAUUUUGAAUUAAAUUUCGGCAUUCUCUGAAUCCGUUUUGCUGUAUCAUCUGGAGAACUCGCACCAGUCUUUCAGCCAAUCCGAUGCAAAACUGGAACCAAGUGCGACUUGAUUGUUCUCGAUUUCCUUUCCACUUUGAUCGGUAGCUUACCCUGAGUUCUUUUUUGCUACUUAUGAAUUUCAUCUUUGUUUGGAUCAUUCGUUUUAAUUACUAAUCUGUUUUUUUUACAUGUAUGUUGUGGUUUCAUAAUCCUCUAAACGUACCUCUGUUAUGUUUCCUUUUCAGGUUCAAAACUUGUCUGGAGGUGAACUUCAACGCGUCGCGCUAACGCUUUGUCUUGGAAAGGUACAUCCCUACUCUGUUUUUAUGUGUAAUCGCAUGGGCCCGAAGGCAAUUAAGGAUUAACUUGACGCGUAUCCAUACUAAUGAAUUAAUCCUUACUUGCCAGAGGGCACUUGCGAUUACUUGUUUAUCGUAUAAAGGGCAAAAUUUCUGAGGGAAUUGCAUUCGCGCACGACGUCCUCGCGAUGAAGCUCUUUCAAUGCCGCCACAAAUGUCAAAACAAACGUAACUGACCAAUAGAUUCAAUAGAUAUUUUAUUCUCAAAAUACAGUUGAAAAACUUACACGGCUUCUUUCAGUUAAAUUGCAAUCAAUAAAUCGUUGCUGUAAACAGCGAAAAAGCUCAAUCAGCGUCAAAUAAUCAAGCCCUCUAGAUUACCAAAAAUGCCCUCUGUCUCAGCCAAUCAGCAUUCGGUAAUUUUGCCCCGCAUGUGGUAAGUCAUUUUAACAUUUUUUCUAUAGAGAUAUUUUCUCAUUGUCUGAUAGUAACUGAGUUCUAAUCUGAACAGGACAUACUUAGCUGAAAACCUGAGCUAGAUAUCAACUAGAGAACUGUGCGGUUUUGUUUACCGUUUUGUUUUUCAGCCAGCGGACGUUUAUUUAAUUGAUGAGCCUUCGGCAUACUUGGACUCUGAACAGCGUCUUGUGGCUGCCAAAGUCAUUAAACGGUGAGUGACUUGGGUUUCCCACGGGCAAGACGUGCGCCAAGAGUUCGAUUUGUGACCAUUCUUCUGUACAUGGACAGAAAUUAAGUAUUUUCUUGGUUACUGCGUGGUAUAUACUGAAACAAUUGUUCGCCCAGUAAAUACCUGCUAUUCAUAUCCACCUCGUUAUGGUGGUUAUUUUUUCACGCUAGCACCGAGCGAUAUCAAUUCCAGUUUCCAUUUAUUUCUUACCUAUUGUUUAACAUAUUUAUCGAAUGACAGCAUCAGCAAAGUUGUUACUUAUUUCUUUGGUUUCAAUUUGACUUUUUCGGUGUGCUUUAGAUUCAUUCUGCACGCCAAGAAGACUGGUUUCGUUGUGGAGCACGACUUCAUUAUGGCUACGUAUCUUGCUGACCGAGUGGUAGUGUUUGAAGGCGAACCUUCCGUCAAGACUCUUGCAAAUAGGUAAACAUUUUUUUUUUUUAUCAUAAUCUGUCUUAAGUCUAGAAUGUUAAAAAUUACGUGGUGAACUCUCUAUGCGACCUCAGAACUUUCAAAUGACUCCAUAAGUGACAAUUCUCACAGCUAGGAAUAAAACCCAUGACCCUUAAACUGAUUCUCAAUCAAGAAACCAUUUUGCUGCUAGGAUUUAAACAAGAAAGUUUUUAUAUUAUCUGAUAAUUUCCUUGCAACCACUUUCAUCUUGCUUUACAUUGAUGUUAUUUGAAACGAUGUUUGUAUACGUGUAGUGCAAGGUAUUGAGAUAAUAUUCGAGAGAAUUAAGAAAAUUUUCUACACCAGUUGAUAUUUCUAUAUAUUCGUUUUCCAGUCCUCAGACACUUCUUACCGGUAUGAACAAGUUUCUCCAUUCCCUGGAGAUCACCUUCCGGCGCGACCCGACUAACUUCCGGCCUCGAAUCAACAAGAUGAAUUCUGUCAAGGUAAACUAGUGACAAGGAGUGAUGAUGCGAUAUUUAAGUCAUUUCAGUUGAAGCGUCGUAGAGAACUGAGAACUUAAAUAUAGUCAUUUGCCAGGGUAGAGAAACGCCAAAAAGGCAAGGAAAGACGAAAGGUACAACGAAUUUCGCAUAACCAGUUAAUAUUUGUACUCGGUUUCUUCAAAUGGCAAAGCCCUCCAUUUCGCCAACCUUAACUGAAUUAUAGCCCUCUGUAUGAACAUGGCUUAAAAGUAAAGGAUAAAUUAUCUCAAAGUCCUAGAGAAAAACAAUGUCGUUGCUGUACCCUAGCUUACAGCAAAGUGAUCGCACUUACAAGCCAGAAAUAUUCUCUCAUUUACAGGACUGUGAACAGAAAAGGACUGGCAACUAUUUUUACCUUGAGGAUUAAAGCAACCUGCUGAUGUGACUUCGGCAAAUAAAUACAUACAUAAAAAAGUUCAAAUAACCAUUGAUGUAACAGAGAAAGCAAACCUGAAAUGGUGCAAAUGUGUCUUUUAAGAUCAUCAACAGCACUCUCUCUACUGGACUGCAUCUGAAUAUUCCUAGCGAAGAAGAGCUUGUCUUUACUAACGGAACUGCAUUUUAAUGCUCCUACAGAUGGAUCGAUGUAAUUAAUCUCAUGACUUGAACUUUGACUAUGUAGUGGUAUUGCCAAGAGAAAUAAAUUGUUUAUCACAGCCACUGUUAAGAGCUGAACAGUCUAUCAAACACAAAUGUACUAUCACCAAAUCCAUCUAAUUCUUGACUAAAUACUCUUAGAGACUAUGACGAAAAUUGCGUUAUGUUUUGAAGUUUGUGUUAUCGCAAAUCCAAAGUUCUAG